CCAAGUUUUCAUAACAGUCUGUCACUGUUCAUAUUAUUUUUUGUUAUCUCCAAAUUUCUGCAUUUUUAUAUUCCAUUUCGUUUUAUCUGAACUAUUUUAUUCAAGUCCCCAAAAAAGCCUCUGUAUUUUCAACCUCGAAAAGAAAAACCCCAAUUUGCAGAUCUUAAUUUGCAGUAAUGGCCGUGAUUUCCUGGACCGCUUUACAAACUGUGGUUGUAGCCCGUUCAUUUCAACGGGUGAGACAAGAAGAUGCAUUGUACAUCAGGGCCUUUUCUGCCUCUAAUACCAGUGGCUUGCAAUCAUCUCAUGAAAAAAAGCUGACAUGGACUGGAAUACCAGCCAUGCGGCCUGUUUUUUUGGCAAAACAUCAAAAUCAAGGAAGGGUAUUUUGCAACGCAGCUAUGUCUACUGGUUCUGUCCUGGCAUUAGAGAAAAUAGAUUUCAAAAAACUUCAGAAUGGAAGUGAUAUUCGUGGGUUUGCUGUUGCUGGUGUUGAAGGAGAGCCUGUAAACCUUACAGAACCUGCAGCAGAGGCAAUUGCAGCUGGUUUUGCUGGAUGGCUUGCAGAUAAAAAGAAAGCAGAUGGAUCAAAAUGUUUGCGAGUUUCUGUUGGUCAUGAUUCUAGAAUAUCAGCAGACUCUCUUCAGAAUGCUGUGGCUCGUGGUAUUGCUGGGGCUGGCUUAGAUGUUGUACUGUAUGGGUUGGCAUCUACUCCAGCCAUGUUUAACAGCACCCUUACUGAGGAUGAAGAUUUUCUCUGCCCCGUUGAUGGUGGCAUUAUGAUCACAGCUAGCCAUCUCCCAUACAACCGCAAUGGGUUUAAAUUUUUUACAAAUUCUGGUGGACUUGGUAAAGCAGAUAUUGCAAACAUUCUGGCACGUGCAGCUGAAAUAUAUGGUACUUUUUCUGAAGAUGCAUUGAAGGCAUCUAAAGUUGCUGCUUCUAAGGUGUCAAAGAAGGUUGAUUACAUGAAGGUUUACACAGGAGAUCUAGUAAAAGCUGUCCGUAAGGCAGCUGGAAAUGUAGAGAGACCGCUCGAAGGAUUCCACAUUGUUGUAGAUGCAGGAAAUGGCGCUGGAGGGUUCUUUGCAGGAAGUGUUCUUGAACCAUUAGGAGCUGUUACUUCAGGAAGCCAGUUUCUAGAACCAGAUGGGAUGUUCCCUAAUCACAUUCCAAACCCAGAGGAUAAAUCAGCAAUGGCAGCAAUAACUAAAGCAGUUCAUGAACAUAAGGCCGAUUUGGGAAUAAUAUUCGAUACAGAUGUUGAUCGGUCUGCUGCUGUGGAUUCAACUGGUCGUGAGUUUAAUAGGAACCGUUUGAUUGCGCUCAUGUCUGCAAUUGUUCUAGAAGAACAUCCAGGGACAACCGUUGUGACUGACAGUGUCACAUCUGAUGGAUUAACUACCUUUAUUGAAAACAAGCUUGGAGGUAAACAUCACCGGUUUAAAAGAGGAUAUAAAAAUGUCAUUGAUGAAGCCAUUCGUUUGUGCAUGCAGAACUCAAUUGGAGAAGAAUCACAUCUAGCAAUAGAGACCAGUGGUCAUGGUGCUCUCAAGGAAAAUCAUUGGCUUGAUGAUGGAGCAUACCUCAUGGUUAAGCUUCUUAAUAAGCUUGCAUCAUCCAAAGCUGCAGGAGAUGGUCUUGGCAGCUCUGUUCUUACCAAAAUGAUAGAAGGAUUGGAGGAAGCAGAAGUGGCAGUUGAAUUGAGACUUAAAAUUGAUCAAAACCAUAAAGAUGUUUUUGGAGGAUCAUUCCGUGAUUACGGAGAGGCAGUGCUUAAACAUUUGGAAAAUAUGUCAGAUGCAAAUCCCCAUUUGCAGAAAGCACCAACUAAUUAUGAAGGGGUUAGGGUAUCAGGAUAUGGAGGAUGGUUCCUUUUGAGACUUUCUCUUCAUGAUCCUGUGCUUCCUCUAAACAUCGAGGCACCAACUCAAGAUGCCGCAUUGAAGCUUGGAUUGAUUGUUAUGUCUGCUGCAGUAGAGUUUAGUGCAUUGGACAUUUCUGCAUUGCAGAAGUUCAUUCAAACUGCUGAGACAAAAGGAGACAAAAAAUGAUCUGCUAGGACAUUCCUCAGAUUGGUGUAUGAAAUUAAACACAAUUUUCAACAUCUUUUCUUUCGUCAAGAUGUAUAUCAGCUAAUGCUGUAGAAUCUACCUAAAUGGUUACUCUAGUAUUGUAAGCGAUAUCAUAAGUUGUGGAAGGGUUUACAAUGGACAUGAAAUCUAGAUGGCUUGAUAUAUCAUUAUAGAAGUCAAUCCCUAUUUGUUCAGAGUACUGUUAUUGGGCUUUGUUCCUAGCGAUGAAUGUUUUUUCUGGAGUUGAGCUAGCAGUAAUGGAUUUUUUCGUUUCUAUUUUCCAAA